AUGACUUUCGAAAGGGUGGUGGAAAAGGACGAAGAAUCCAGUAUCAUCCCAAAUGUGCAAGAUUCGGACGAUGAAGACGAUGAGCUGUUCAAAGACUGGUCGAAUAUCGCAAAAUUGUCCAAAAGUCAAGCUGUGGUACCCAAAAGAGGUGAUAAGGAUUACGAACCGGAUGGAACAAAUGCCCAAGAGCUUCUUCUUUACAGGGCGAAAAAAGCGAUGUUCGAUUCGAUCUCAGACGCAGUGCGCGGCACAGUGGUGAAAAAUCAGAUCAAAGCGUAUUACGUACCUCAGUGUCAUCUUGCGUUCAUUUCAAAUCCAAAAGGUAAUUUCAUGCACACCAUGGGCAAAGUCGACCGAAAUGGGACUUGCUGGUUAACUUUUUAUGAAUUUGUCUAUCUUGCUGAGCGAGGGACUAUAACGCCGUAUUUCAAGCGUAGCGAUCGUGAAAGCCAUGAACUUGAUCCUUUACUUAGUAUCCAAGACCUAUAUUUACUAUUCAGAAGAGCUCAAGAGUCUGAUGAAUUUGCGGUCUUUGCGCACCUCAAAAGGCUUGGGUUUGUCGUCUUCCCAUCGAGGCUCACGCCAAAGAGCGAGCAGAUAAGCCACACACGCACAGUUUCGUGUAAGGGUUUUCCCCAGAGCAUUUUUAAUCUCGGCAAAGCGAUUUUCACUUUUUUCUCAGUGCCGACUUACCAUCCUCUCCAGUAUCAUCUUACAAGAUACACUACGUCCAGUCAAAUCUAUGAAAGCUUGAAAAAGUUGGUACCACACUAUGUUGCACCAAAAACGUUGUCCGAUCUGGAGGAAGAUAGAUUUGAACCGACACGCGACGGAGAUGGCCCUGAGUUUACCUUUGAUAUAUGGAAGCCGCGCGGCACUUUCAAGAAAAAGGACCCGGGACCACCAGAUUUCCAGGUUUUGGUCUUCAACAAAAAUAGUGGUAGUUCUGCAUUUCCCACCUAUCCAAGAAUAAGGCAGCUUUUUCGAAGUGUUCGCUCUACAUAUGAGGGCAGUUUUACACCAGGUCAAAAUGCUACGGCUUCGGGCAGCAAAAAAGUGAGUGAGGUGCCUAAAAGACCACUUCCGCACGUAGAACAACAAAGGCGCUUAAAGAAGGGGUACAGGAGCUUUAUUUUGGCAGUAAUGGAUGACGGGCUAAUAAGUUUUGUAAAGCUGACAGAAUCUGAUUUUGGCUCGGAAGACGUUUGGUUCAAGAGCAAUGGCCAGGGCAACAAAAAAAGAUUCGGCGCAGGUCAGCCGAAGCAGCGCAACGCGAAAAAGCCGUUAAAUAAAGGAUUUGUUCAAAACUCUGCUCCGCCCAACAGCUCACCCGCCGAAACGUGA